CGCUGUUCUCAGACUGACUGGGUUGCGUGAGGCACAUCUGGAAUAGUAACUGCAGAGAGAGAGAGAGACGUGAGGAGCAGACGUCCUGCAAUCCUUUUCCAACUGUUCACUUCUCUUCAACACGCCCUUCUCACUGAAAACCUUUACUCUGCCUUCUAUCUGCAUCCAAAAUGCUGCUCAUCCUGUUCGGAGUCCUUGUUUUUCACCUCAUCGUUCUCAUUCUUCUCAUUGUGUCUACAGCAUCCAGUAAAUGGACUGUAGAAUCACAAGGACACUCCGAUCUGUGGUAUAACUGCCGCUCACAUUCUCAAGGCUACCGCUGCUCGCAGGCCAGCAAUGAAGAUUGGAUCCAGGCUGUGCAAGCUCUCAUGAUCCUGUCUGUAGUCUUCUGCUUCGCCUCCCUGAUCGCUUUCAUGUAUCAGCUGUUCAGACUGGUGAAGGGUGGGCGCUUCUACUUCACCUCCAUCUUCCAGAUCUUGGCGAGUGUGUUUGUGAUGUGCGGGGCAAUCAUCUACACCAUUAUGAGACCGGAUAGUCACAGACAGUACGGCUACGCUUACGUGCUGGCCUGGGUGGCGUUCCCUCUGAGUCUCUUCAGUGGCCUCAUUUAUCUCAUACUGAGGAAGAAGGAGUGAGAGCAGCAUCAGCGCGUGGAGGAAACAGAAGGAGUAUUUAGGAAGACCCUCAUCACAACAUCGCAUUGUGCCUAGUGCACCCACAGACAAUGAACUGACAUCCAAGUAAUACAGUUGUCUCACCACAUGUUGAAAGUAUCACAGCAACUUGUCUUGUGGAUUCCAACAAGAGAUUUUUUGUGUUUUUAUAUUUUGGUGACAAUUAAUUUUCCAACAUCCCAAAAAUAUCCACUGGAUGAGAAGCAUUGAGUCAUCCUACCUUCCUUCAGUGUGAAGAUGUAAAUAGUGUCUGUGGUUUUUAGACAUAUUUAUAACAUUGUUUUUUUACUUAUUUUUUGUACAUAGUGUUGUUGAGUUAACAUUGUCAUGCUCAUUGAUAGUGUGUCUCUUCCAAAUCAUGCAGCUGUACCAAAGAGAUGUCGCUUCAGCUUCCACUGUAUCAAGCUUUUAUCUAACUGUUUUCCCUUUCACUUCAUGCCAAAUGCUUUUAACAUAGUGCCUUACUUGCCUAAUAGAUGUGUGUAUGUAUGAAAGGUUAUAAAAAGAAAACAAAAAGAGUUAAUAACCUCUUGAAGUUUUUUUUUUAUUUGUCAUUUUUCUUGAUAUUUUAAAUAGAAAUGUUUUGAAUUUUGUAAUAUUAAAAAUGGUGCUUUUUUUUACACACUAUUUUGAUCCAUGCAUUCUUAUUUGUGCUGCACGUGUCUUUGCUUGUAAUUUGUUUGCUUUGUAAAAUUGUAACAUUUUUUUUUUCCCAUUUCGAAUAACCUGUUUGAAAUAAAUGUUUCUCCCGAGUAAA